AGGAAAUUCUAAAGAGAGAUAGCGUGGGGUAGGAGGAGUAGCUGAAACAAUAUAAAUAUGGAGACAAAAGGAACAUUCAUCGUGCUGCUAGCAUCUAUCCUUAGUGUUCCUAUGGCGUAUUUUGUUAACAUGAUUCCGGGAAUUGACAAAAACCCCGCUCCAAUAUUCAUAAUAGGUUUAUUGUGCCUUCUGGUUGCCUUUCUCAUUCCAGCCAUUGCAAAAUUCAAACAGUUUGUCCAAAAUGACGAUCCCCUUUACUAUGCUAUGAGCAUAUUGACAUUUGCUGCAGUAAUUGAUCUCACCAUUGCUCUGGAGAAUGACAACAUUGUGCACAGUGUUAUGGCGUUCUAUUUUGUAAGCGGCGAGCCUUAUCUGAAAAGUGGACAUGGUUCAGGCAUCAAUUAUCAUGAUGGGAUCCUUCAUUUUGCUUGUUACAUAAUUAUUUUGCUUGCUAUUGACAACAGGAAAAAUUACAGAGAAGUGGGCUUGUACUGGGGUGGAUCCAUAGUCAAUAGUCUAAUUGUAUUGAUGCUAGGUGGAGCUGUAGGGAAACAUGGAGCAAGAUGGUCAAUGUUGUUGAAUGUUAUAUACAUGGUGGUUCCUAUUUGGAUUACUAAGAAAGUUUUAGAUAAACCACCCAAUAUAAAGGAAAAAUCUGCCAAUGAAAACCUCCUGAAGAGACCAUUUGACAUUGUAACCAUUGUAUUAUUGCUGUCAACUAUGUUUAUCUACAUUUUUAAAGGGCUGGCUGCACUAGGGUGUAAUUCAGAAGUCACACAAUCUUUUGUGAAUAAUUCUGAACCUUAUCUUGGAGACCCAAUAGCCUUCCCAAAACUUCAGAUGAUGACCUACUUGUUUUACUGUGUCCCAUUUUGUGCAUUUGCCAGUUACUCUUUAAUUCAUGCUCCGGCAAAGCAGUGGUUCCUUGACUGGCUUUUCAUCUAUGCUGGUGCAGUGUUAAAUGGCCAGAUACCAUACAUGUUUGCUUCACUCCACCAUCUGACACCCAGCAAGUAUCGUGUUCCAAAGACCUCUGAGGCACAGCUACAGUUCUGGACACAGAACCUCUUCCUCCUUAUUGUUCCUCAGAUUCUUCUUGUCCAUUACUACUUUACCAACAGCAAAGAAGGAAAGCGGGAGAGCAGGGGUACUAGCCAAUCACCAGCAAAGAAAUCCGCAAGUAGAGCCAGAGGGGUGAACACUGGCUACAAUCUCAGGAACAGGAUCGUUCAGAACAGUGAAUAGUACUAACUACACUCCUGGAAUUUGGACCUUUUUUUCUGUUGGUCAUAGACCAGAAGCACAUUUGCAAUAGCGUAGCGUCCAUGUGUUUAUUUGUGUGUAAACAAUUUUUCAAAAUGCUAAUUCUCCUAUAGUUUUGGUCAAAAUCAAUGUAACAUUUUUAGCUGUAAAAUUUCAAUUCCAAGGAUUACCUCUUCCUUUAUAAUAAUUACAAUUAAAGCAGUAGAGCUCCAGCAUCAUCACAGACUUCUGUUUUCCCCCACUUUAGUGUUUUUCAUGUCAGACAAUCAAAAAAAAAAUUUUGUUGGAUACCAAAUAUGAAGAGAGACCCCCAGUUGUUCUUUUAUUAACAAUGGAAAGCAAAUUUUCUUAACCUUGUCAUUGUGUUGUUAUUAAUGUCCAAAACUUUAUAUUAAGGUAUACUUUACUGAAGAAAUACGAAAGUUCAUUGUGAUAUGUUUGUACAUGAUUAAAUAGUAACAGACAUUACUACUACAUGUACCUGUAUCUUUUAUAGGAUUUUAUAUGAAGAUUUGAAUCACAUAUUUUGAUUAGGCUGUUUAUAUAAACUUUUCUUGUACAUUUUUGUUAGUAUAGGGCAAAUAGGGUGUUUUUGCUGUUAAAUGCAGUGACCAUUUGUUUUACUAAAACUAUUAUUUUAAUACAAACAUACAGAUUUAGAAUUUAAUGGUAUUUAUAUACAUUUUAGAUACUUAAAUUUUAGCCAGUAUUUCCAUUGCAUAUGUAUUAAUGACAUUUACCAGAUGCAUAUAUAUGUUCCUGUAGUUCUGUGAAAGUUUUAAUAUUGUAAUUUUACCAUGUGAAAACCAGAAUUAGUAUAAAUAUUAAUAAUUUGCUGAAUUUCAGCCUUUUAUAGCAUUGCAUAU